UCCUACAGGAAAGCAGCCUUGAAAUGGCACCCAGACAAGAACAAGGAUAGCCCCGAUGCGGCUGAAAAGUUCAAAGAAUGCUCACAAGCAUACGAAAUUCUUUCCGAUCCCGAGAAACGAAAGAUAUACGAUCAGUACGGCCUCGAGUUCCUACUCCGCGGUGGUACCGCACAGCCUGAAGGUGGUGCCGGUGGAAACCCCUUCGCCGCUGGAGGCAUGCCUGGCGGAUUUGAAGGUUUCAACUUCCAAGGUGGUAUGCCCGGUGGAGGCGGUACCCGAACCUUCCACUUCAAUACCGGCAGCGGUGCUGGCGGCUUUGGUUUCAGCAACCCCGAAGAUAUCUUUGCCGAAUUCAUGCGUAACGGAUCUGCUGGUGGCAUGCACGGUGGCGACGAAGACGACAUCGCUGGCAUGUUUGGCGGAUUUAGCGGUGCUGGUCCUCGAAGCCGCAGUUCACGCACACGCUCAGGCUUCGAGCCUCGACCUCGAGAAGCCACUCCUGAAGUUACCACAGUCGAGCGACCUCUGCCUCUAACGCUCGAAGAACUCUUCAACGGUGUGACCAAGAAGAUGAAGAUUAAGCGUAAGACUUACGAUGAGACCGGAAAGAGAGUGCAGACCGAUCAGAUCCUCGAAGUUCCUAUCAAACCGGGCCUGAAGAAGGGUUCCAAGAUCAAGUUCAAUGGAGUCGGUGAUCAAGUAGAGGGAGGCCGCCAAGAUCUUCACUUUAUUGUCGAAGAGAAGGAACACCCUCUCUACAAGCGCGAGGAUAAUGAUCUUGUCCAUGUCGUAACCCUUGAUCUCAAGGAGGCCCUAACUGGCUGGCGAAGGACAGUGACUACGAUCGAUGGUCGACAGCUCAACCUCGAGAAGGGAGGCCCUACCCAGCCCAACAGCGAGGAACGGUAUCCUGGCCUGGGUAUGCCCAUCUCCAAGAAGCCUGGCCAGCGAGGCGACUUCGUCAUUAAGUACAAGAUCAACUUCCCAGCAAAUUUGACUGCCGAUCAGAAGCAGAAGCUCAGGGAGAUUCUGUAG